AUGGAACGAGCUUUAGAACGAGCUUUGGAUCGUGCGGACUAUGUCAUCGCAAGUGCCCAACAGAGACCUCCUAAGAGGAAAUACUCACCUGGUGGGGAAAAAUCUCUCUAUGAGAAACUAUAUGACAUAUAUGUUGAAGAAUGUGGAAAAGAGCCUGAGGUUACGGAGGAAUUAAGAAGCAAUGUGAACUUGUUAGAGAAGCUGGUUAGGAGAGAGUCGUUGCCGUGUUUAGUGGUGAACCUAUACCCGGGAGAGGGCGGAUAUUCGCUGAUGCUCAAGGGGAAAGAUGGAUCCUAUUUGGAGACCAUCCGACUGCCUUAUGAAGAGGGAGAACUGCUCGAAUACUUGGAUGCGGAAGAAUUACCUCCCGUUUUGGUGGAUCUCCUGGAAAAAUCUGAGGUUAACGUUUUCCACUGUGGCUGUGUCAUAGCAGAAAUCCGGGACUACAGACAGUCCAGUACCGCGGACCCUCCUGGUUACCAGAGCAGGCACAUUCUCUUACGACCAACGAUGCAGACUUUAGCCUGCGAUGUCGAGUCCAUAACCAGCGAUAACCAGAAAUGGACCCAGGAAGACAAACUCUUGCUGGAGAGCCAACUGAUCUUAGCCACAGCUGAACCACUGUGCCUUGAUCCUUCUGUAUCUGUAGCCUGCACUGCAAACAGGCUGCUUUAUAACAAGCAAAAGAUGAGCACUGGCCCAAUGAAACGGUGCUUCAAGAGGUAUUCCACACCGUCCCUGCGUCGGCAGCAGGAGCUGUCGCAUGGUCCACCUCCUCCUGAGCUGAGGGUACCGGCUUCUCGCCAAACAAGCACAGAGAGUAAAGCAGGUGAGCAGGGUGACCUCACAAUUCCUGGAGCAGGAAAUUGUGUAGAUAUGUGGAAACAGAGACCCUGUGACUUGGCCGUCCCUUCUGAAGUGGAUGUGGAGAAAUAUGCUCAAGGGAAGAAUUCUGUCAACUAUGAUGACUCACAACCACCAGUCUGGGCAGCCCAUGAAGUAAAAGACGAUUCUCCAUUUGAAUGGGAAGCUGGCGAUCACUACCAGAAAACAAAGCUGACCUUUAUGCAUUCACUUAAUGAUCCCCUUAUUUCUGGAAAAAGAAGUUCACGUAAAAAAGUCAGAUUUGAGAGACAGAUGUCUCCCCCCGACUCCUCCAGAGAUGACCAUUCAGACAGUUUCGUGCCUGGAUCAAAGACUGAUGCUGGGAGGGUAGUCAGUCAGUCUGAGGAGCUGGUGCAGAAGAACAGCAGUUGUCCAGUCAAGAUGUCACACAGCUCCAGUGGCUCAGCCAAUCUCAGCCCACUUUCUCCAGGGAAAGAAACAGCACAGCCUAAGCCCGUGUUCAUUCAGCCUUCAGUCCCGGAAAAGGAAUUCACACCUCCACCUCCGCCCGUCAGUCUUCCCUCGAGCUCAGGAAGGAGUUCCUCAGGGAGCAGUUUUACUCCUCAGCAGGCAAGCAGCUUUCAGAAAUCUCCAUCUCCUGCCCCUGAUUCUAAGCCACCGAGUCUUUCCCAGAAAUCCUCUGUGGAAGUGAAUCGAGUUAGCAUACUUCCUGCAGCCGUCCUGUCCACUGCCAGCUCCUCACAAAGAACCCUGGCCACCCAGGUCACCGUCCACCCCGUUAGCAUCAAGGUCAUCAAAGUGGUGAGCCCUCUUCCUGGAGCCCAGGCUUUGGGGAGAGGUCCCAACCCGGUGCUGAGCUCUACCACUCGGGCCAUAGCUCCUGCAGGAAUCAAGCCCGGCAACCUGCCCUCAGGAGGUCGGCCACCAACUGCACCGCCGGCUGCACCACAGCCACCUUCUCAAGUAGGUGUUCAAUUUAUUUUAAAAAAUGCGUCAGGUCUCAGGCCCUUAACUCUACUCCAGCUUCCACAAGGUUCACUCAUCUUGAACACCCAGCAGCAGCAACAGCAGUGGCUCUAUCAGUUGAUUCCACAACAACAAUUUCAAGAACCCACAACUUCUCAUCCCCAACAGCCAGUGCCACAGGGUUCUGUACAAGGUUCAGCCAGUCAAAACAUGGCCUUAUCUGCUCAGCAAGCUGUUGUCAUUAACCUUAGUGGAGUGGGAAGUUUUCUACAGCCCCAGACAGCUGUGUUAUCUCAACUUGGCUCUGCCCAGAGAAGACCUGGGCAAAGCCUUCCUCAGCAGAGAGCCCAGCUCUCCUCUGCCUUGCAGCCGCAACUGCAGCCACAGCCACAGCCACAGCCACCGCAGCAGAUACAAUGGGGAAUCUUGCAGCACCCAGUGGCUGUGGCAACAGUAGCAGCCCAAACAGGUCAGCCACAUCCACCUAGUGAGCAUACAGCAAAGCCAGCCAAAAGGUAAAAUGAAGAGAGGCA